AUGUACGUAAGUUCUUGGAGCUUCACAGCCUCAUACUUCUGUGUUGACCUUCGCCUAGUUCUCGCCGCUUUGGGCACCAUCGGAGGUGCAUUGUUCGGCUUCGAUGUCAGUUCCAUGAGUGCCUGGAUUGGCACCGACCAAUAUCUAGACUACUUCCAUCAUCCAGACUCAAACUUACAGGGUGGUAUCAGUAUGUCUCCCUCCUUCGACCGAUUUGAUUAUCGCCUGAAUCAGACUAACGGAUUCCUUGAAGCGGCGAGUAUGAGUGCCGGGUCCUUCCUUGGAGCACUGGCAGCAGGUUUUCUCUCGGAUCAUGUUGGCCGUCGCUAUGCUCUCAUGGUGGCCUGUUGUAUUUGGGUGGUCGGUGCUGCCAUCCAAUGCAGUGCGCAGAAUGUCGCCCACCUGAUUGUCGGUCGGAUAAUCAGUGGUCUUUCUGUCGGUAUCACAUCCUCUCAGGUCUGUGUCUAUCUCGCCGAGUUGGCACCCGCCCGCAUCCGCGGCCGCGUCGUCGGCAUCCAACAAUGGGCGAUCGAAUGGGGUAUCCUCAUCAUGUACUUGAUCUCAUACGGUUGUGGUAAAGGAAUCUCGGGUCCUGCAGCUUUCCGCGUGGCUUGGGGUAUUCAAGGGGUUCCCGCAUUGAUUCUGCUCGCGGCCUUGCCCUUCUUCCCUGAGUCGCCGCGGUGGUUGGGCAGCAAAGAACGGUGGGAGGAGGCGCUGGACACUUUGGCGGCGAUUCACGCCAAGGGUGACCGCAAUGACCCGGUCGUCCAGGCGGAGUAUGAGGAAGUGCAGGAAGCCGUGCGGGUUGCCCGGGAGGCCAAGGAUGUUUCCUUCCUGGCGCUGUUUGGCCCGAAGAUCUGGAAGCGGACCGUCUGUGGUGUGAGUGCACAGGUCUGGCAGCAGCUGCUCGGAGGCAACGUCGCGAUGUACUAUGUCGUCUAUGUCUUCGACAUGGCAGGAAUGACUGGCAACACCACUUUGUACUCGUCUGCUAUCCAAUAUGUCAUCUUCCUGGUGACUACCGGUGCCAUCUUGCCGUACAUUGAUCGCAUCGGUCGUCGACCUCUGCUAAUGACCGGUUCGAUCCUCUGCAUGGCCCUCCACUUUGCAACCGCGGGUAUCAUGGCCAGCUACGGCCACCAUGUCGAUUCCGUGGAUGGGAACGCGAACCUGAAAUGGUCGAUCACUGGUGCGCCCGGCAAGGGUGUCAUCGCGUGUUCGUACAUCUUCGUCGGUAUCUAUGGUCUCACUUGGGCUCCUGCGGGGUGGAUCUACGCAUCGGAGGUGUUCCCGCUGAAGUACCGUGCCAAGGGAGUGGGAUUGUCGGCGGCGGGUAACUGGAUCUUCAACUUUGCGUUGGCGUACUUUGUCUCGCCGGCGUUCACGAACAUCCAGUGGAAGACGUACAUCAUUUUCGGCGUCUUUUGCACGGUCAUGACGGUGCACAUUUUCUUCACCUACCCCGAGACCGCCGGUCGCUCUCUGGAAGAUAUCGACCUGAUGUUUGAGGCCAACCUGCCGGCCUGGAAGACGGCGCGGCUGCCCGACCGAUUCGGCGACGAGAUCGAGCGCCAGCGACAGAAGACUGGCGAUGCGGAGUUGGGCGAGAAGGGGGUGGAGACGACCCACAACGAGACGGUCUAG